AUGUUCGAGACCACGCUGACCCUGCCGCGAACCAGUGUGCUAACGGAACCGUUGGGCAGCGCCGGAACCGGAUCUGGGCCCUCUACAUCAACGGCUGCCGUGGCAGUUCAGACCAGCAAACGACGCCGAAGGCGACGAAACAAACGACGCCGCAAAUCCUCCCUUUCCAGCAAUACCGAUGCCCCGUCGGCCCGGACCUACGAUCCCGUGAUGACGGGCAGUACGCUCCGGUCGGCAGCUGUAGCAUCGGUGGGCGGUAGCGCGGGUACGGGGCCAGUGCGUCGGGGUCGUCGAAGGAGCGGGGUCAGCUCAUCUUCAUCGGCGGCAGCGACUGCGGCAGCAGCAGCGGAGGAGGAGGCGGAAGAAGCGGAAGCGGAGGCGGCUCGCCAGGAGGAGGCAGCGGAAAUCUUGAGCGGAAACAGCAGCCCAUCGAUGUUCGUUGAUCCGCAGGACUUCUUUGAGACCCUGGACUAAAUUUAGAUUAUUUACAAUUUGCAGUAGGUUAAAUUUUGUUGUUACUUCCGUUCUCUUUUUUUUACAUGCAUCCUUGGCUUCAGUGCGCCUAUUUAUACCUAAACGCCGUUUAUUUAAUUGUUCGAUUAUGCUAAAGGUGAGAUACGUUUGGCGGCCUUUGAUUUAGCGUGAUUUUUUAAUAACUUUUAACAUAUAUUUUAUAUAGCCUCUGUAAGCAUACCGUGUGUAAUAUUAUGAUGUAUAAUUAAAUUUGCAAACUGUGCUGCGACACGACCCUUGAAAAAGUUUUCACUCUUUGUUUUUUCGCUUUCACCGCCCGAAACACAACACUCACACACCAAAAUAUAAUCUAGAAUUGAUAGUAAAGGGACUAGCCUGAAACAAAAACUGUUCAAUCAUCUCCUUAGCAAGUUAAUAGAACCCAUAGUUAAUUGGUAAACAUCCGCGUUCUAAUUCUCCAUGUUUUCAGCGAUUCAUCCUGUGUAUUGUGGCAUGACUAAGCAAAAACAAUUGAACAUUUUAAGUGUAAUGUUUUGCAAUAGUGAUUAAGCAUAUUAACAUGUAAUCUAUAUAUACAAAAUUGGUCAUACACACAUUCGACAGGCAUAAAUAGAGUUUAACUGGAUAAUCGUUUAAAUAUAUUGUAUGGAUGUGUAUUUCAGUACUCAA